UUGCUACCGCUUUUUCAUGUCAGAUGGGCCAUCGUGACAGGGUGAAUUAAAUGUAAUAUUAACUCCCUUACACUUUGCUCGCUUGAUACAGUCUAGCCCUGUUUUGAGGCACAAAGCAAUCCCCGCUCUAUUGACUUCAGGAAAGAACACAGAAUUUUAAGUUAAAUGAAGCAUGGAAGUUCCUCAAAGAAUGGUGUGGAAUCAAAACACCUUUUUGCUUGUAUUACUUCUGACUGACGAUGUGAUCGAGCUGGACGGUGAGUGUAGCACUUAAAACUCUGUCACAUCCUCAGAUCCCUCGUUUCUAUUAUAUAAACAUCAAAAGAAACGUUAGUUUUUAGUCAGUUUUAUUGUGACUUAGAUUUUAGCAUUCAGUCGAAGAGUGAUCGGGGUAAAUACACCCGAGAUUGAUUUUUCCAAGUAGCCUGAAGCUGAAGCUUGAAACUGCACAUUCGUGGCACGUUCUAAAGCUGAUUUCUCAGCUCUUCGUAGCUAUCUGAGGAUAAAUCUUAUAAAAUCCAUGGGAUUCACUUGUUUCCGGCCGCAUUAUCGCUGGAAAUAACUUCUUGGAUACUGCUAUUGAUAACAUAGUCCCAACAUUUUAAUUUGCGCCCAAAACUCAUUCUUAAAAACAAGAGUGAUUCGGUGCUGAAGAGGGUAAGAAAAAUAUAAAUAGCAAGACUUUUAAAAAUGUUCUUUCCGGCCAUCCAGCAUGAAAAGUGGAAGAUAAUUUAAGCAACACAUGUUUAUUAAUUCAAAGUAGAACUUUGGGGUUUGCUUCGAUCUCAUUCCUUGAAUUUCUAUCAGCUGUGCGGUAGCUCACUCAUAUCGUGAUAGAUUUCCGCCCCUCUUGUUUUAUUCUAACUUAGUGAUUCGCAUAUUAAUUAAUCACCUCCUUGCGGUGUGCCUCGGUUUCGACGAUCUGCCUCUAAGAAGCAAGGAAGACAGGAGACUGGACGAAUCAGUGCCCUCAUAAUAGGAAGGGAUGAAGGCAAAACCUUGCGAGCGUGCAGCUUCACAGAAGCGGACGGCUAAUUUCAGAUAACACUGAGAAAGAGAUCACGAAGGGCUGCCGAAAAGAGCUGCUCCUUGAAGAACCUUCACUUCCCGAUGAAUGGCGCCAAGGCUUUUUAAUUGACAGCACCGCGAAAACUUGCUUCCGUCCCAUCAGCAUCUUCGCUCCCCUUCCCAACAGGCCACUGGGGAAAGCCCCCUCUUCUUGAGCUUUCCGGAUCCGUCUUUCUCGGCGUCCGCUCCACCUGCAAGCAACUCGGUCGUUUCAAAGCAACACGCUGCUGAGCGGCCACAUUCCCCUGCCGCUGAUAAAGGGGAGGUGGUGGGGGGCGGCAUUGGGAAAAGAAAAAAAGAAAGGAGGGGGGAAGGACGGACGGAGGAAGAUACCGAGCGGCUUGGCGCGUUAGUUCCAGGAUUACGCCUGCAGGCAUGGACAACGCCUCUAGACUGGGCAGCCAGGGGAAGAAGCGUCGCGGCCACUGGCGACUCUAGAACGGGCUAUUCUGGCUCCUUUUACGGGGAUCUGGUGCUGCUGAAAAGGGGAUUUGAGCAGCCCCUCUGGCUUUUCUCCUUUCUAUUCCCUCUCCACAGGCUGGAGCUUUGUUCUUUUCUGUGUUUGGAUGUGCGCAGCGAAAUAUUCCGACCCCUCCGCCGUAAUCCCCGAUGGGUCUCUAAAGAACCCGUCCUUUCCUAGUUUUGAGAUAGCCACAGAUCGCAAGCGGAUUCUCGCCCGAGUGCCACCGGAGCCUCCAUGCCUGGGCUGCUCGUCUCGGAAGCAAAGGGAUGGCUCCUUUUUCCGAAGCUUCUCUCAACUGAGCGAAUGGGAAAUAAUUGGGGAAAUAAGUUUCCUGAGGUGAUUUGGAGGAGUUAAAAGUCCGCCGUUUUCAGCAAGAGGCAGCAGUCAGUGAAACAUCUCUACAAUAGCUAUCCCCAAUUGGAUCCUCAAGUCACAAACGAGCAAUUGCAAACUCUACUCCCCAGAAUACAUCCAAACAACCCCCUUAAAGCUUGCCCAUAAAAAGUCACCAAGAAUCAUGAUUGUAAGAGUCUGUGAAUGGCUGCCAGCUUUCCUGUUGGUCCUGCUUUACCUAAACUUCAAGUGACAAUUAUCUCUUGGUGCCAUAGCACAUGGAUUUCAGGACUGCAUGUGAAGAGUCAAAGACAGGGAUUUGUUUGCUACAGGAUGGUAAUCAGGAGCCUUUCAAAGUGCGGCUGCACUUAGCCAAAGAUAUUUUGACAAUUCAAGAACAAGAUGUCAUCUGUGUGUCUGGUGAACCAUUUUAUUCUGGAGAAAGAACUGUAACAAUUAGAAGACAAACUGUAGGAGGAUUUGGAUUAAGUAUAAAGGGAGGAGCAGAGCAUAAUAUUCCUGUGGUUGUUUCCAAAAUUUCCAAAGAACAACGAACGGAACUCUCAGGCCUACUGUUUAUAGGAGAUGCAAUUCUACAGAUUAAUGGAAUUAAUGUAAGAAAAUGCAGGCAUGAAGAAGUGGUCCAAGUUCUUCGGAAUGCUGGAGAAGAGGUAACCCUAACUGUGUCCUUUCUCAAAAGAGCGCCUGCAUUUCUGAAACUGCCCCUUAAUGAAGAUUGUGCAUGUGUUCCUAGUGAUCAAAGUAGUGGCACAUCCUCACCUCUGUGUGACAGUGGUUUACAUCUUAACUAUCAUCCCAAUAAUACGGAUACACUUUCGUGUUCUUCAUGGCCAACAUCUUCAGGUAUUAGAUGGGAAAAGAGGUGGUGUGACCUCCGAUUAAUUCCUCUUCUUCAUUCAAGAUUUUCUCAGUAUCUCCCAGGAUCAGAUAUGUGCAGGCAAAAUGCAUUCCAAGUAGUUGCUGUGGAUGGCAUUUGCAGUGGAAUAAUUCAGUGUCUGUCUGCUGAAGACUGUAUUGACUGGCUGCAAGCAAUAGCGAUUAAUAUCUCCAAUCUCACAAAGCACAAUAUUAAAAAAAUCAACAGGAAUUUUCCCGUAAACCAGCAGAUAGUCUACAUGGGUUGGACUGAGGAACGGGAACAAGAUUCUCUUCAGGACCGAAUGUACACACCAAAGUUUCUUGCACUAAGGGGUUCUUCACUUUAUAAAUUUUUAGCACCUCCAGUUACAACGUGGGACUGGACCCGGGCUGAAAGAACAUUUUCUGUAUACGAGAUCAUGUACAAAAUAUUCAAGGACAGUGAUAUACUGGAUCGGCGAAAACAUUGCUUUGGAGUACAAUCUGAAAUGGGAGAGGAUCUCUACUUCUCUGUGGAAUUAGAAUGUGAUCUCAUACUAUGGGAAAAGGCCUUCCAAUCAGCAACUUUUUUAGAAGUGGAGAGAAUACAGUGUAAGACAUAUGCCUGUGUUUUGGAGAGUCAUCUUAUGGGGCUUACCAUAGACUUUGGCAUGGGCUUUGUAUGCUUUGAUGCUGCAACAAAGGCUGUACUAUGGCGAUACAAGUUUUCCCAGCUUAAAGGGUCUUCAGAUGAUGGCAAGAGCAAAAUUAAAUUUUUAUUUCAAAAUCCCGACACUAAGCAGAUUGAAGCAAAGGAAUUGGAAUUUUCAAAUUUAUUUGCAGUUCUGCAUUGCAUCCACUCAUUCUUUGCAGCUAAAGUGGCAUGCUUGGACCCACUUUAUGUUGGCAGUCAAGCCACAACUGCCCCUACUUCUGCUUCUGUUGCUUCUUCUUCUUCUGCUACUACUACUGCCACAUCAUCUGGCAUCUGCAAAUUAAAAUAUAUGACUUGAUAACUCCCAGUCCUGUACUUGUAUCCUUCCACAAGUAUGUAAGACUGCUGUAUAAAUAUUUAUCAGCUUAUUCCUUGAAGAACACCAAGCAUUAGAACCGACUCAAGACAUGUGGCACCUUUCUACGGAACAUGGUCAUAUGGGAUCAUAAAUUAAAUCUCAAUUUUACAAAGCAACAGUACACAAUGAAGCUGGAAAUCCCAUUGUGGAACAAUAUCUUUUUACUAUAAUUUGAUUGUGCUUUGACAGCAUUCAAAGAAAAAGAAACAAAAAUAACUGAUACAUCACCAUGCUUAAGCAUUUAAUACAAUUUUCAAAUCUCAAUAAUAAUAGAGCAGUAUAAUUUCCUUGUUUCCAAAUGUUUUUUAUAUAACAAUUUACUCAGCUCUGUAUUUGAAGUAACAUUCUCUUGAUAGACUAUAUAUGAAAGAAUGACAAGCAAAAGGCAUAGAGCGUGUAAGAAUCAUGAACUAUCCAUGAAAAGUGAUAACUCCUUAAAAAAAAAAAAAGAAAGCACCUUAAAUAUCAUUGCUAUUUUGUGUCAUUUGGUCAUCUUUAUUUUGCUUUCAAGCCAUUAUUGUAAUGAUCAACAUAUAGCCAUAUUAGGCCAACAGUUUUAAAAAUUAAAUAUAAAUAUAUUGAAGCCAUUCACAGUUGAAACCUACACUAUAAGCCAGUUAGACUUUGUGUUCACAGAGAGCAGAAAAGGGCUUAUGGGGGAAUAGGGGGAACUUACAUAAUUGCGUGUUCCUCUUACACAGUUGUUGCAUAAAAACAAAACGUUUGAUUGUUUGUAGCAUUUGUCAGAAUGCCCCAAUAUACUUUAUUUUUGUCUGUAUAAAAUGUUGGAUUACAAACAAUGGAACGGGAGGUGUCAUUUUCUGUUUUUCCCUGGAUUUAUAAUGGUUAGACUUUUCUUCUUCUUUCUGGUUUCAUUUUAAGUGUUUCCUAUUGCCUCUUUUUAAUGAUCACAACUGGAAGAGCUCAGGGCUAACAGUGUGCAAAUCCUGCUGUAUGGGAACUCUUUUUCUGCUAUAGCAAAUUAUUGUGUCCCCUGUCAUUCAAUCUAAAAAAAAUAUGAGCAUUUACAACAUCCACAUUUUCUCAGACUUAACAUUUUAUUCUGGAGUAGAAUAUUGAAACUGAAGUAUUAGAAUGAAACAGUAGUUUAAAUUUAAAUUAAGAAUAGUUAAAAUUCUUCGCUUUAAAUCAGAUUGUUUUGACCUGACAACUCUUAAUAUAUAAGGACAGCAGCUUCCAGAUGCAGGUUUCCAUUCUAAGACAUACAUGCAUCAUUGUGCCAAUGACAUGGCUCAUACUGAUGCAAAUUACAUAAUGCAUGUUACUUGCGUAACAACAUCCUAAAACCUGUGCUGUCUCUUGCCUUCCUGUGUGCACACCUGUUUCCGACAGCAUUCUGUAGAAAAAUUCCAAAAGUUUCUAUCUCAGUACAUUUGGGUUCAUUACUUUUGGGAAGGUUGCCUUAAACCCACAAAGUAUUGUAUUUCUAGAUGCAGAUUUGAUUUAUUGGUGAAAUCUAGUAUUCAGAGUGGUUUUAAUAUGACUUAAUUGGAAGAUAAUGUUACAUUAUGCCUGCUGUUAUUACAUUUUAUAAAGAAAUUUCUUAUAAUCUGCCAAAUUUGGUUCUUAAUUCCCAAACAUACUGAUUUACAAUAAAAUCUUGUACAAAGUUUAAUUUUUAAAUGCAAUUUUCAUAUUGUCUACCAAACAGCAACUAAGAAAUAAGUCUCUUAUUCUCAUUAGGAACUUAUUUACACUUUUGUAGCUUAACUAACAAUUAUUAAAAAUCACCCUACAAUAAAAAAAGUUUUUUUUUAUUCUCAUAGUAGUUAGAAAAAGAAUUGAGAAGUUCUAAAAAAAAACAACCUAAGAUGGAAUUCUUAUCAUUGUAAUCCUAAAUAUAUAAUAAUCCCUUUCUAGAUAUGUUCUUUAAUAAGUAUCAUCUUCAACUAUAAUAUUUAUAGAUUGAUUUUAAUAUACUCCUUAUAUGUAAAAUAUCAAGUGUUGGAAAAACACGUUUCAGAGUAUGCCAAUAAGAACCCUUUUUGCUCAUAAUGUAAGGACUGGGCAGAUCCUUCAAAAGAGGUAUUUCAUAACCCAUAGUAGGAAAAGGCAUGGCCAAGUGGCUCUUCAUACAUUCAAGGGUAGCUGAGAGCAGUUUAGGGAGCAGCCAUGUCAAUCUGAAAAAAGAGACAUGAGUGGUUUAAUUGUGUGUGCAUGAGUGCUAGAGAGAGAGAGAGAGCGAUCCUCCUUCAACUCUCAUAUUUGAAAGUGCUUACAGUAUUUCAACACAUUUGCAUAAUCUGAAUAAGAAGAGAGUUCCUCUCUGACAAUAAAGCGACCAUCCUAAAUGCAUUAGAAGAGCCAGCCACUGUGAUAUAACUUUUUCUAUAUACUAUGUGCACACACACAAAAUACCUAAAAGGAGUUAUAUGCAUGCCUUUUAAAUUAUUUUAUGAUGAAUGUUGAGGUGAAAUUGUAAAUUUUGAACCAUUAUAUGAGUCAAUAACAUGCUAGGUUCCAACAAACAAUUAUGAUUUUCUUUUCAUUAAAUAAGCUUAGUUUUUCACUGGGCAUCAUCAUGCACAAAUUUAGGGUGCAUAAACAAGAUUUAAAUCAGUGUAACCAAAUUUUAUGUACAAUUCUCUAUUGCCAUUAAUCAACAAAUGCACAGGAAAAACUCAGUUCUCUCCAGAGCAUUCUUAAGUUUAUUAAGGUUAUUUUAUUUUCCACCAAAGGUGGUUCAUCUCCUACUUCUUUUGCCUCAUCAUGAUUUCCUACAAAAAAAUGGGAUGUGAUUUUCCACAAACUGUGUGCUACCUUCUAUACAAAGCCACAGUAGUUAUUUAGAUUAAUACACAUAUUAGUAUGCAUGGACAAAAACAGUUUAAAUAAGUUCACUUUACAAAUCAGCUACCUAGAAAAUUGCCUCUCUGAAUUUUGAUCAAAUGUAAAAACAUAGCACAAAUAUAUUAUAAUGUAAAAUAGCCUAUUUUUACAAGUUUUAUUCGCUUUUUAGUUACUUAUAUUCCAAUUAUUUCUAGCUAUCAUUAAAAUAAUUUGGAAGGAAGAAAUAUAUUUUAACUCCUAAUGUCACCAACAUUUCAUAUUAUAGCUAGACAAGCAUAUCUUGGUUUGAAAUUUAUAGCAGUAAGUUAGAGGGGGAUCUAUACUCCAUGUCUCCCCAUUUUCGAAGAAAAGAAAACAAUUUUCUAUUGUGUUUCAGUUUACAUUGUAUAAUAGAGACAGCAAAUGAAAUUGGUACGCUAGAAAAAAAUAUGUCACUUACACAAUGGCACUGAUCUGCCUGCUUUUCAAAAAUUGGGAAGAUUAUUUAGUAGUGAACCUAGUGUACAACAUUUACACAAUCUCCACAUAUCAUUAAAGAUACAGUACAUUUUGUAAAGCCAAGAAGAAAGAUUUCCAAGGUGAAUCACCUAUUCUGCUCCAUGAAAUAUAUAAAAGCAGGACAAGAUGAAGAAAAUACUUUAAAGUAUAAAGUUUAAAGAUUGAUAGAGUUAUCAAUUACCUAAACAAAAUAAUAUAUGUUAUAAUCAGGAAACUGUACCAUGGUUCUUAUACAUGUUGUAUAGUAGAAUACAAAUUCUUUGAAAUCAGAAUAUUAUUUGCCAGGAUGUUACUUGGCAAUGUAAUGUGAUAUAUCAAAAUAUUCCCCUUGUACAUGUAGCAUAUUGACACAAAGAGAGAGAUGGCGUAUGAUAUGGGAAAACAAAGCCAAGAUUCACUAGCAUCUACCAUUUGAUGCAAACACAGCAAAUUGUAGGUUUAUCAUAGCAUUUAGUGAAAUUAUUCCAUAUUGUUUACAAUUACGAAUUCAUGAUAACAUCUGACAGAAUGACCCAUUAGUCAUUGGAUUUGUCCAUUUUGUGAAUUAUCUAAAUCAAGGAAUUAUAAUAAUAAUAAUAUAUUAUAAUAAUAUAAUAAAUAUAAUAAAUUUGACUCAUAUAAAUUCACAACUGCUGUCUUUGGGAGAAAACAAUCUAAAUAUUUAUAAUUAGAACAAAUGAAUAUAUUGACUUUAAUAGAAACAAUGAAAAGUCAAGUAUAUGUGUAAAGCAUGAUUACAUAUAAAACAGUUACAUUUAUUAUUCAAUUUGUAAUUCAUGUAACAAUGAAUAUUCAUUAAUGAAAAUUAUCUUGAUUGUGCCUUAAAAAUGCCACUCUUUACAUGCUGCACAAUUACAAUAUAAUUGCAAUAUAUUAAUUUCUUAUAGUUGUGACCAGUAUACCUGGUCAUAUGUCCCAAACUGGCUGUUACGAAAUUAUGUUAAAAGCUAUAAAACAACAUGACAUUCAAAUCAAUCAAUUUGAAUUACAUAGUCAAAUAGAAUUAAGAGAUUAAUUAUGUAGUCCUACUUCAUUUAUUUAAUGAUUAUAUAAUUUGUGGAUAUGGAGAAUGUUUGAAAAAUGUAGCAUUAUCAUUUAAAAUGAAUAUUUGAAGUCCACACAUCUUAAAUUAAUUGAAGUUGAGAAACACUGUUCUAAGAACCUAUACAAGGUAGAGAAGAAAUAUCUAUGAUAUUGUUUCAGUGGUGCCUCCAGCCUUCCCAGGUAGCUCCUGGGUGAAAAAGCAGGAGACAGAAAACCCAUAGUAAAUUUGAAGACCUUGGAUCCCAGUAAUAGAGUGAUAGUAACAGAAAAUGAUAGCUUAAGGUUGCAAUAUAUGAGUUAUUUUGAAAAGAGUAUAUUUAAACGAAAUGUCACCUUUCUAUUUUUAAAGCCACAACAUAGAGCAAAUAUUGUUUAUUUUAAUAUGAAGAUUUAAGAUGAAUUGUUUCAAUAGGCACUUUUAAACCAUAACUUUUCUUGAAAUUUUCAGAGCUUCAGAUAAUGAGGAGGAUGCAUACGUUACAUAGUAUAGGUAGCAUUAUUUAACAGGCAAUUUGGAAUGGUGAUAUUAGGAGACUCCUAAUAUCCUAAUAUCCUAAUAUCCUAAAGUCACCUAAUAUCCUAAUAUCCUAAAGUCACUCCUGAGCACAAUGUCAGCUAGGGGUCCAUGGGGCAGUUAUUCUCUUUCAGCCCUAAGAAAGAGGCACUAGCAAACCACUCCCCCCAGAAAAAAUAUCUUGACAAAGAAACUGCAGGAAUUAAUCUAGAAAAAUUUGCCAGAAGUCAGAAACUGACUUGAAAACUGAAAACUCUCUCUCUCACACACACAGAGAGAGAGUUUAAAAUAGCUUACAGUACUCAGAUGUAAAAGAAAUUGGUAUUUAAGAUGCUAAACUUCCUAACUGAAAAAGGUGAAGAUAGCAAGGGAAGUAACAGGAUUAAUAUUUAACGAAGUCAUCAAAGUAUGUAGUCAUGAAGGAGCAUUCACCUAUUUUUCUUUAAAACUAUUUUUUUUCUCUAUAAGCCAUUUUAAAAGAGAAGGCAUGAUAUAUUCUAGAGAACUGAAUUCUAGAGAACUGUAGAGGACUCUGGCACUUCCAGAGCAAAUACUCUGACUAUAGUGACUCCAGAUUCCCAGUUUUUAAUAUGGCAACUAAACUUCUACUCUAUUGAAAUCUAUAGUACAUUUUAGUACAUUAUCUUACAGAAGCCUGCAUAGAACCAGGUGCAAACUAUGAAGGCUCCUUCACGUUAGAUGAUAAAACUAAUGACAUAAAGAAGCUAGCAAUCUGAUGCCACUGUUGGUGGUGCUUAAAAUAACCUUGUAAUACACUCUUUAGGUGAAUAAAACAAAAUGUUCUUAACAUUUCAUAUAAUAGUGGAUUCAGUAAUGUUUUUCAAUAAUAUAUCAGUUCUGCUGCCACUCUCAACAAAUUGUAUAUUAUUUUCUCUACCACUAUUAUACUAUAAUCCUUAGGCUAUUCUGUAUUAUUGAAGAUAGGAGCAAAGGGCACAAGGAAACAUUUAAAUAGAAAUAUUGAUGGCAGAGAAUAUUAUAGCACGUGGCUGGUCAUUUGUAUUGAAAUAAUGUGUACAUAGGGUCUUCGUUUGGAGUCUGCGGACAUUUAAAGUUGACAAUUACAUUAAUCUGAUUUUCAUGAAAUAAUUUGCAGUGUUUUAAUAAUAUCAAUCACUCUUAGAAAAUGAAUCCCUGUGGAAAUGACUGAAAAUUUCAUGAAAUCUAUAAUUUUUAUGUUACAAAAGAGAAAAUGCUUUGAUUUGCUUGGAUUCAGAUAUUGGCCUCCAGUUCAGAGAUAGAUUAUUCCUGUUGACAAAGUGCUUUAUGAAUCAGCGUGCACACAAAUCACAGUGAUUGCAGAUAGAUUAGUGCAAGCACGAAACCCCUAGGACAUCUCUGUAUUAAAUGAAGAAAUGUGUAAUGUGUUUGUAUGUAUGCUUUCUUCCUUUUGAUACAAACAGAGCCACUGAACAAUCAGUGACAGAGCAGCAAAUUAAAGUAUUGAAAAGGUUUACUUAUAAAAUUUAAUUGGUCACAGGAUUAUAGCCAAAGUAUGUUUCUAAAUAAUGCGACUGAGAAAUGAACAAAAUUGUCAUAUAGUUAUUAUUAAUCUAUGAGAAGCUUCCUUGAUUUAAAGUGUUAUCCCAUUCAACUAUUCUAAAGUUAUGAGUUUUAAUCAUUCUUAUAAUAUUAAAUUCUGAACACUACUGAACAACAUGGUUUCAUUUAUUUCUAUAAUUUUAAAGAUAUUUUUCUCUCACUUUAUGAUAUAAUUAUAUCUGAGUAAUAUAUAUAUAUAUAUAGGAUUGGAAAAUUACUAUUUUUGAAGGAAAUACAAUUUCUUGGCAAAGAAUAUUAAAAUAACAUCAGCUACGUUUUCCCUUAUAUAAAAAAUGAUCUGAUUUAGGUUUCUUCUCAUUGCUUUGUAUGUUGUAAUAUCUCAUAAAUUUUAAAUACUGACUGGGGAAAAUGGCGGAGCAAAUGUAAGAUAAAGUAUUAUAUAUUUUAUAAAUACCGAAGUUUAAAAGACCUCAUGAAACGUUCUAAAUAUUUAUUUUGUUUUUAGUUACAUUUGUGGCUAUUUGUAAUGUUUUGUGACUCAUAAGUCAUCUAGUUGUUUAAGCUUUCACUGUACCUCUAAUAAAACAUUCCCUCUGUUUCAUUUUGUUUCCUUGAUUUGUAAUCAACCAUAAUCAAAACAAAAAUAAAAUACUUUUUUAAACUA